AUGGCAUUUUAUAAGAAGUAUUUUCCCGAGUCUGCAAGAGAAGAGAAGGAGAUGGAACUGAUGCAGCUGAAGCAAGGUUCCCUAUCUGUGGCGGACUACACAAGCAAGUUUGAGGAACUCUGUAGGUUUUCUAGGGUAUGUCAGGGAGCCUCGGAGACUUAUGAAAGUUGGAAGUGUAUUAAAUACCAAAGGAGGCUGAAGGACAAUAUUAUGACUGUUGUGGCUCCUAUGGAGAUCCGUGUCUUCUCCGACUUGGUGAACAAGGCGAGGGUGAUUGAAGAGUAUGCCAAGACGGUAGCUUCGUCCAAGGAAACUCAUGGAGGGAAUUCUAGUCAGGGGCGUGGCAAGUUUCCUGGCCACAUUGCAAGGGAUUGCACUCGUGGGAGGAAUCAGAAUGCGGGCCAGAGUCAGCAUCAAGGUCGAGUCUUUGCUGUGAAUGCCAAGGAUGCUUCCAAGGCGGAUCCAUUGAUAAGAGGUAUUUGUUUAAUUGGUGAUAAGACUUUAAUUGCAUUGUAUGAUACUGGGGCUUCGCAUUCAUUUAUUUUAUUUGCUAAAGUCGAGGAACUAGGUUUGAAAGUAUCAGAGUUACCUUUUGACCUGCAUGUACAUACUCCGCACCAGACGGUUAUAACUAGGUCAGGGUGUAGGCAAGUAGGUUUCAAGCUUGAGGGUAGAGAUUUUGUGCAUGACUUGAUUUAUUUGCCAAUGGUUGGGUUGUAG